AUGCUGUUCGUUGACAAGUACAGACCAAAAGCGCUCUCGGAGCUGCACUACCACUCGGACCUCUCAAAGCGACUUUCGUCGCUGGCAGACCAUGAAGACUUUCCACACAUGCUCAUGUACGGUCCCUCGGGAGCUGGCAAAAAGACCCGCAUCGCCUGUCUCCUCCGCGAACUCUACGGACCAGGCACGUACAAGCUCAAGAUCGAUCAACGCGUCUUCGUCACACCUUCCAACCGCAAGAUCGACGUCAACAUCGUAUCGUCCAACUACCACAUCGAACUGACGCCUUCGGAUGCGGGCAACUACGAUCGACUGGUGAUUCAGGAUAUUUUGAAGGAGAUCGCACAGACGCAGAACGUGGAUCUGAACGCCAAACACAGGUUCAAGGUGGUGGUGAUCAACGAGGCUGAUUCGCUGAGUAGGGAUGCGCAGAGUGCGUUGAGGAGAACGAUGGAAAAAUACAUGGGGAAUUUGAGGCUGGUGUUGUGCGCAACGAGUACGAGCAAGAUCAUCGGUCCGAUCAGGUCGAGGUGUCUCUUGCUGCGUGUUGGAGCGCCGACGGAUGAAGAGAUCAAGACGGUCCUCACCCACGUCGCGAAGAAGGAACGAUUCACCAUCCCAGACGCCGUCCAGAACCAGAUCUGCGACGACUGCAACGGCAACCUCCGCAAAGCCAUGCUCGUCCUCGAAGCCCUGCGCAUGCAGUCACCCGACCUCUCCGGUGGCAUCGGAAUCGCCAAACCCGACUGGGAGAUCUACAUUUCCAAAACAGCCGACCUCAUCCUAUCCGACCCUUCGCCGCACAAUCUCCUCGCCGUACGUUCCAAGCUGUACGAGCUCCUCGUACACGCCAUCCCACCGACACUCAUCCUCAAACAUCUGACGGAUAACUUGGUGAAAAAGGUAGACGGACAGGUGAAGACAGCUAUCGUACAGAAAGCGGCGUUCUACGAGUUGAGGACGAGGACGGGUUCGAAGGUGAUCUUUCAUCUGGAGGCGUUUGUCGCGGCGGUGAUGCAUAUUCAAAAGAGCUUCUUGAUGGGCAUGGCGUGGGAUGAUUGA